UCUGCCCUUGGACUAUCCGAUCGUUCUGUGAGAAGAAUUCUUCGUGAUGAUCUUCAUUUUCAUCCCUAUAAGAUGGCGAUAGUGCAGGAACUUACAGAACGUGACUUCAAUUCUCGGAUGAACGCCGAUGAAGCCCAUUUUCAUUUAUGUGGGUCGGUUAACAAACAAAACAUGCGCUACUGGGCUGACACCAACCCUCGACAAUUGCAUCAAAGGCCUUUGCAUUCACCCAAAGUCACAGUGUGGUGUGCAAUUUCCUCAGCUGGAAUUAUUGGUCCCUGGUUUUUUGAGGAAAAUGAGGUUACAGUGACAGUGAAUUCGGACCGGUAUGUAAACAUGCUACAGAAUUUUUUUUUCCCACGGCUAGAAGAGUUGGAUUUGGGGGACACUUGGUUCCAACAAGACGGUGCAACAGCACACACUUCAAGAGCAUCGAUGGCUGUUUUGAGGGAACACUUUCCAGAGCGCCUUAUCUCAAUUAGAGGCGAUUUGGAAUGGCCGGCACGCUCUCCCGAUCUGUCCCCUUGUGAUUUUUUUCUAUGGGGUUUUUUGAAAUCCCUGGUUUAUGUGAACCGUCCAAGAACCCUACAAGAUUUGAAGACCAACAUCAAAGAAGAAAUUGCCAACAUAACACCAGCUAUGCUAACAAGAGUCAUGACAAACGCCAGAUAUCGGUUUACGCAAUGUAUGGAGAAUGAGGGACGUCACCUAACAGAUUUGAUCUUCAAAACAAUGUAAAUAAAAACUUUAGACAUGUACCUACAUUAUAAAAAAUAAAUAAAGAUUUUCCGAUGCACACAAUAGUUUUUAUUGAGUUUUGAAAAAAGGA